CUUCGUUACCUAUAACAAUGUCUUUUAGCAAAAUCCUCACUCUCAACACUGGCGAGAAAAUUCCCCAGAUUGGUCUCGGGACAUGGUUGUCCAAGCCGAAGGAGGUUGAGAACGCCGUUGAAAUCGCCGUCCGCAACAACUACCGCCACCUCGAUCUCGCACGGGUGUACGAGAACCAAGACGAGGUCGGCGCUGCUCUCAAGAAAGUCAUCCCCUCUGUUGUGAAGCGGGAGGAGCUCUUCAUCACUUCCAAGCUCUGGAACAACUCACACAAGCCCGAGGAAGUUGAGAAGGCGCUUGAUGAGACUCUGCGACAGAUUGGAACUGACUACCUUGACCUGUACCUUAUCCAUUGGCCAAUUUCGUUCCCUCCUGGCAAUGGCUUGUUCCCUCCUCAUCCGACCAUCGAGGGUGAAGUUGCCAUUGAUACGGAGACUAGCCUCGUCGACACCUGGAAAGCCAUGCUUGCUCUCCCCAAGUCAAAGGUCAGGUCGGUUGGUGUUUCCAACUUCACUAUCGCCCAGAUAGAGGGCAUCAUCGCGGCGACGAGUGUUGUCCCUGCUGUUAACCAAAUUGAAGCUCACCCUCUCCUCCCUCAAGAUGACCUCGUCAAAUACUGCAAAGAGAAGGGCAUUCACAUCACCGCAUACAGCCCCCUCGGAAACAACUUGGUUGGCAAGCCCAAGCUCACAGAGCACCCCGUUGUUGAGGAGAUCGCGAAGAAGCUGGGAGCCACCACGGCGCAAGUACUUGUCGCCUGGGGCGUUUACCGUGGCUACUCUGUAAUCCCCAAGAGCGUUCAGCUAGAGCGCAUCCAGUCCAACUUCAAGCAAGUCGAGCUCUCACAGGCUGAUUACGAGAAGAUCUACUCCAUCGGCACAAACAACUACACUCGCUUCAACAUCCCGAGAACCUACAAGCCCAAGUGGGAUGUGAACAUCUUUGAUGAGCCCGAGGAGAAGGGUGCUGCGGUUAACGUCAAGAUUCAGUAGACUUGUGUUUUCUGAAGGACUCUAAAAUCUGUAGCUGUACGUACUUGGGCCCGUUUAUUCAAGAAGUUCAACUUGG